AGGUGUUCCAACUUUGAAGUUUGUAAUUCAUUUAACAAUUGUGUUUUUUAGUUCUCCAACUUCUAUGCUCUCCCCACACUAUUUAAUGCAAACACACAGACACAGGAAUCAGACGCAGAGAGAGCGAGGUUUCGCUGUGUGUGUGGUCACUUGCAUUUCAUUAUUUUAUUAGUAGUCAUUUUGCAUCUGAAUCUCAUCUCAGUAUACCAAUUGUCACACUAUAUAUAAAUAAAAAAGGAGAGAGACACAAACAAGAUUCUCCAAUAUACACACCAUUGGUUAAAACCUUAGACACCAUUGUCGGAGCUUGAUCAUAUUGUUAUUUCAUCUGAGCAUGUUCUGUUCUUUUGGGGAGAUACUUACUUCUGUUCUUUUACAUUCAUUCAUUUCUUGCCUCCUUCUCAGUCUCAUCAGGAUGUACCUGGAUGUAACUUUUCUCUCACCAAAUAGAAAAGUUUGACUCUUGUUGCACUAAUAUGAGAAAAACUAGAACUUUAAUACUUUUUAUCGGAAAUCCAAUAUAGUGGAGUAUCUUGCUGACUUGCACAACAAUCAAAAGCUAUGGCCUACACAGCAGUUGGCAUACCUACCUCUCCAACAACGUCUUCAACUAAGGACAUUACAAAAGAACGUUAUGGUCUUCGCCGCUCGCGCUCCAGCAUAGACCUAUGUAGACGUUCCAUUAUGCAGAGGUCUUAUUCUGACAGCUAUCUAUGUUGCUCCUUCAACCGUAUACAAGCCACAUCUGUGCAACCAAAACUUAAGGACAACGGGUCAAUGGGAACUUCUCCAUUUCAAUUUUCAGGUUCCAUUCUCCCAAAUUCUUUGCGCUCUUUCUUAUUUGACCAACAAAACGGCAAGGAUAUGAAUAAAAGGGAGAAGGAUGUAAAUAUUGAGGAAAACAUGGUGGAAACUAGUAAUGAAGAGAGAGUAAAUAGAGCUAAUUGGAUAGAGAGGCUUGUGGAAAUUAAGAAACAUUGGAGAAACAGGUUACCGAAAGAAAGCGUUGAUAUGGACGUGAUGUGCGACGAUUAUACAUCUGGUGAAUGUGAUUGUGACGAUGACAGUGUUUGUAUAGCGGAUUAUGACGAUGAAGAAGAAGGUGGGCAAGAAGUGACACAUGAUCGCGAUUCGUUCUCAAAAUUUCUUGUACAAGUGUCAUUGUCUGAUACCAAACUUUACUCUCAGCUAGCUUUCCUGUGCAACAUGGCUUACGUAAUACCCCAAAUCAAGGCUCAGGAGUUGAGGAGAUACUAUAGCCUUCAGUUUAUAACAUCUUCUUUAGAGAAGAAAGCUGCAGUGGCAAAGUUAAAAGCAAAACUUACUCAGGACUCACCAAAUUCACCUAUAGAUGACCUAGUAGUCUCUCAAAACAGCUUAGAGGAAGGAAAAGAUAAGGAACAGAAUCCUCAAAUUCGACUAGCUUAUGACAUUGCUGCCUCAGCUGCCUCCUAUGUUCAAUUGCGAGCUAAGAACCUUUUGACCCUUGCUGCUAAGUCACAACAGAGUAAAAAUGAAGAUUCUAGUGGAAGAAAGGAUUCUCCGGAACAGGAAGCAGAAGGCACUUCACGUGAUUAUAAAUCAGAGGUUGCAGCUUAUAUGGUGGCGUCAACCGUGACUUCUGUGGUUGCAUCUGGAGAGAGGGAAAGGCAGGAAGCAGCGACAAGCCUUCAGUCACUUCAUUCCUCACCUUGUGAAUGGUUUGUUUGUGAUGAUUUCAGUAAUUACACUCGAUGCUUUGUAAUUCAGGGUUCAGACUCCUUAGCAUCUUGGCAAGCAAACCUCUUCUUUGAGCCUACUAAAUUUGAGAACACAGACGUACUUGUUCAUAGAGGAAUUUAUGAAGCUGCAAAAGGAAUAUAUGAACAAUUCAUGCCAGAAAUAAUGGACCAUUUGAAAAGACAUGGGGAUCGCGCGAAGCUUCAAUUCACUGGACAUUCCCUUGGCGGCAGUCUCUCUCUUUUGGUUCAUUUGAUGCUAUUGACUAGGAAAGUUGUCAGCCCCUCAACUCUUAAACCAGUAGUGACUUUUGGUUCACCAUUUGUAUUCUGCGGAGGCCAAAAAUUAAUCGAUGAACUAGGCGUGGAUGAAAACCAAAUCCACUGUGUAAUGAUGCAUAGAGAUAUUGUUCCCAGGGCCUUCUCCUGUAAUUAUCCUGACCAUGUAGCUGUUAUCCUUAAGCGUUUAAACCGCACUUUUCGGUCACAUCCUUGCUUGACAAAAAAUAAGCUAUUGUACACACCACUGGGAAAAAUAUUCAUUAUCCAACCAGAUGAGAUGACAUCGCCUCCGCAUCCUUUACUCCCUUCAGAAAGUGCCUUCUAUGAGCUUGAUAGUACUAUAUGUGGAUACUCUCCAAGAGUUCUCAGUUCCUUUCUCAAUCAACCACACCCUAUUGAAACACUAAGUGAUCCAACAGCAUAUGGAGCAGAAGGCACAAUUCUAAGAGACCAUGACUCAAGCAACUACCUUAAAGCUGUCAAUGGAAUCCUAAGACAACAUUCAAAGACGCUUGUUCGCAGAGUAAAAAAGCAAAGGAUUGAUGAACUGUGGCCAUUGCUCACCUCACCAUCACCACACUCAUGGAGCCAUGAACAGAACAUGGAGAGAUGCAUCUUGAUGACAAAUGAGAUAACAACAGGGGUCUAAAAGGCCUCCCUUUUUAGGUUCCUAUAGAACAUCUAGAUAAAAUUAAAUUAUGAAAUUAACUAGGACAGUGGAUUAUUUUUAUUUUAUGUACAUUUCUAAACAUAUAGAAUUCUAAGUGUUUGUACCCAUCAUGAUCACUCCAUAUUUGACUAACAUUGUACAAUAUAUAAGAUGUCAAUAAUUCCAAUA